AAUAAUAAUAGCUUGAGCAAUUUCAAGUUUAUACACGCAGAAGGAUGAUGUAUGAUGUCAUUCCAUAUGGUCCAUCCUCCAGAAAAGCGGUGGAAUUUUUCUUCAACCACCGGAUAUUACUCAGGAGAGGAAUGCGGGACCGCUAGCCAGUUAAAUUUUGAUUCAAGACACAGCUUCGAUCAUCUGCAGCUCUGUCAGACUAUGGCUGGCUUCAGACAAGAAGAUGUGGAAGGCUUCUAUGACAUGGGGGAGGAGCUGGGAAGUGGACAGUUUGCAAUUGUGCGGAAGUGUAGAGAGAAAAGCUCUGGCUCCGAGUACGCAGCCAAAUUCAUCAAGAAACGGCGACUGUCAUCCAGUCGCCGCGGAGUGAGCCGCGAGGAGAUCGAGAGAGAGGUGAACAUCCUGAAAGAGAUCCAGCACAGUAACAUCAUCACACUGCAUGACAUCUUCGAGAACAAGACCGAUGUCAUCCUCAUCCUGGAGCUAGUGUCUGGAGGGGAGUUGUUUGACUUCCUGGCUGAGAAGGAGUCUUUAACUGAGGAGGAGGCCACACAGUUCCUCAAACAGAUCCUGGACGGGGUCCAGUACCUGCACUCCAAACGCAUUGCUCACUUUGAUCUUAAGCCGGAGAACAUAAUGCUGCUAGAUAAGAAUGUUCCCAAUCCCAGGAUCAAACUCAUCGACUUUGGCAUUGCUCAUCAGAUCAAAGCCGGAAAUGAGUUUAAGAACAUUUUUGGAACUCCAGAGUUUGUUGCUCCAGAGAUCGUCAACUACGAGCCACUGGGACUGGAGGCAGACAUGUGGAGUAUUGGAGUCAUCACAUACAUUCUAUUGAGUGGUGCUUCUCCUUUUCUGGGCGAGACCAAGCAGGAGACUCUGACCAACAUCUCAGCGGUCAACUAUGAUUUUGACGAGGAGUACUUCAGCAACACCAGCGAGUUAGCCAAGGACUUCAUCCGACGACUGCUGGUCAAGGAUCCCAAGAAGAGAAUGACUAUCGAUGACAGCCUUCAGCAUCCAUGGAUCAAGGUGAUCAAGAGGCGGAACGUGCGCCAGGAAGACAGCGGGAAGAAGUCGGAGCGCAGGCGUCUGAAGACAACACGUCUAAAGGAGUACACCAUCAAGUCCCACUCGUCCAUGCCCCCCAACAACACCUACGUCAACUUUGAACGUUUCUCCCAGGUGCUGGAGGAGAUCGCUGCUGCGGAGGAGGGGCUGAAAGACCUGGAACACAACCAGAGAUCUUGCCGGGAGGACGUGGCUGCUCUCCUCUCUAUCUACGAGGAGAAGGAGGGCUGGUACAAGGAAGAGAACCAGAGCAUCGCCAACGACCUGGGUCGCAUCCGUCUAGAGCUGCAGCGUACCCAGACCCAGCGCAAGCAGAACCAGGAGGACGCUCGCGCGGCCAUGUUAGCCACCAACGCGCUCAAGAGGAGGUUUGGGCGUCUGGAAAAUCGCUACGAGGUCCUGGCGGAGCAGGUGGCAUCGGAGGUGCGCUGGGUGGAGGAGAUGGUCAGAGGGAUGGAGAGGGAGAAAGACUGUCCGGUCAUGCCCUAAGGCCUGGCUCCAGCCGGGCUCCUACAAUCAGACGGACAUGCCUUUUACAGGCACAGACGUUAUUCUCAAACUACUUCUGCUUCUUUAUGGGACAGUGUGGUCGUGACCUGAAGGUGAUGUCCCACCUGGCUGGGGCAGGUGUCAGUAAAUGACAUUCUCAUUGUCAAAUCACGUCUGACUGUGUCUGUGUGUUUAGUACAGGUACAGUCACGACAAGGGUUACAUGUAAAUUAGUUCCUGAAAUGACUUGUUGUUUUGCAAUGCAAAGAUAUCCAUGAAACAAAUGCGAGCACUAUAGUUCUCUUAAGUAUGGAGAGAAUUCUAAGAUAUAUAGUUUCUAUAAACCUAUUUUGCAAGUUGUAUGCUGCAUUGAACACCGUAUUGCCUAUAAUAUAAGCAGAAAUGUACUGUAGUAAUGUCUAAACAUGGUAGUGAAAAUACAGGCAUAGUGACUGUCCCUCUGAAUGUUUUAGGCCUGAUUCCCGGUCACUCGCGGUUCUAGGCUAAAAAGCAUGGUCAAUGAAAGUUCUGUAUUUAAAUAGUUUUUUAGGGCAGAACUUGUCUCAAUCUGCGUCUGGGAAACUGGUCCUUUGAAUACUGCUAUUGCACAUUAGCUUCAAACCAAAUGAUAUGCAUGAUGUUAAACUAUGUAUAAAACAUACAAUUUUGUUUUUUAUUAUUUUAACUAUAACUCACACACUUCAGACAUUCCCAAAGUUAAUCUUUAAAUCUACUGUAUCACAUGUAUCACAUUCUAUGUUCAGCAUAGGACCAUAGAACCCUAUAUAUUGGUCCAAAACAUCUACAUUAUUUUUACAUGAGCAAAUUGUAUAAUGGUAAGUAUUUUUAAGUUUUAGAUGAUAAUACAGGUAUGUAUUUUAAAUAAAGAAAUUCAAUACUUGUAACUGAAA